AUGCCUACUCUACAGGUAGGGCCGGACUCCGACCCGGAGCUGCAAGAAGUUGCAGAUGUCAUGGGCAAGUCAAGGAAGGUGGUGGUGGUGACGGGGGCGGGUAUCUCGACCAACUGUGGUAUUCCGGACUUUCGCUCUGAGAACGGCUUGUACUCUCUAAUCCAGGCCCAGUACGACGCGGCGAUCAAGAACCCUCCUUGGAAACAGUCCAAUAUCUUUGAUAUCGACGACAGGCCCAAGAAGAAGCGCAAGCAGUGGUACUACGAGGUUGUUGCCCCUGACGGGAAAGUUGUGGACGUGAUUGACGAGGACCUUGCCCCACAAGACUCGCAACCCCCCACAGACCCAGAGCCGCAAUCUCAACGACCCUCGACUCCAAAGCAUUCCUCUCGCUCUCCCUCUUCCAACGACACGAUUUCUGCUUCUCGAGGUUCCACCCAGUCUGCCAAAUCGUCUUCGGAGAGUUCGCUAUCAAGCUGCUCUUCGCGGACGCCAGAACUCCCAGACUCUUUAGGCGAUUUCGCACAGAGUAAACAAAACGCCGCAAUUGCCUCGAGCAGCCCUUCACGACCUCCUCGACUCGCAACAUUCGAUCUUGGCGCCGACCCUCCCACAACCUCCAAAUCCUCCCCUCCGCCUCCAUCACGAGGAAAAUCCUCCCAAUCUCGACAUUCGCUAUCGCAGAACAACCGCAGUUUGCCGAAUCUGAAGGGCCGCGAUCUUUUCGAUUGUAUGGUCUGGCAGGACGCGUUCACAACCUCCAUCUUCUACAUGUUCGUAUCGAGUCUGCGACAAAAGGUCCAGAACGUGCCCGAAACCUCCAUCUCUCACAAAUUCCUUCGUACUCUUCGCGAUGGGGGCCGCCUGGUCCGCAACUAUUCGCAGAACAUCGACAUGUUGGAAGAGCGUGAGGGGUUAUCUACUGACCUCCGUAGUGGUCCCGGAUCUCGAGCCAGGUUCAGACCACUAUCGGGGGUCAGUAGAGCUGGAUCAGGGGGAUGUGAGUCAGUUAGCCUUCAUGGUUCCCUGCGCAGCCUCCGAUGCGCAGUAUGCAACACCCAUUCCGACUGGGAUACAGAAGGAAGACUUGCUGCGACACUUGCGGGGAGCGCCCCCGACUGUCCCGCCUGCACCUCCUACAGUGCGAAGAGGACUGGAACCGGUCGUCGAGGAACCGCUGUUGGAAGACUCCGCCCAGAUAUCGUCCUCUACGGAGAAGAACACCCCCACUCCAACCUCAUCGGGCCCCUCGUGACUCACGACAUGUCGUUGCAACCGGACGUCUUGCUGAUCAUGGGGACGAGCUUACGUGUGCACGGUUUGAAGGUCAUGGUCAAGGAGUUUGCCAAGGUGGUUCACGCGCGGGGUGGGAAGGUGGUGUUUGUAAACCGUACGAAGCUUUCAGAGAGUACCUGGGGCGAUGUGAUCGAUUAUUGGGUCGAGUGGGACUGUGACGCGUGGGUAACAGAUCUCAAGGGUAGAAGGGAGGAUAUAUGGUCGCCCCAAGGCGCCCCAGCAGAGAGGAGAAGAUCAUUGGCGGACACGAAGGUACCGAGGAAACGACCACAAUGCAAGAGGGAUGACAAGUCGAAUGGGACCUUUUUCACGUUCAAGAUACUGGAUCAGUUGGGGGAUUUGAUGGACGACAAAGGGCGACCAGCAGAGCGGCUCAAGUACUGGGGUGUGCCACAGAGAGCAACAGCAAAAGGGUCACGGAACAAGCCCGCGGCGGAGAAAAGAGCAGCAAAUGCACCGGUGAAGCAACCUACGAAGAGAAUUCCGACGAAGAGAAGUCCGACGAAGAAGAACCCUACCAAGUCCGACAAACUAGAGACCGAUAUGAGUCCUAUUAUUGUGACGAAAGACGCCGUCGCUACAGUCGCUACGGUCGCCACGGUGGCAGCAGCGAGGAAACGACUAUUCAAAGUGGCCCCGUCACUCAAACCAGUAGUUCCUCUCGAACCCCGAGAACCCCUGGAAGCCUUUUCGGGCAACAACCCCAAGCCGAGUUCUCUCAAACCAUUCCUCUUCAACUCUACCGCCAACCACUUCCCAAAAAUCAACCACGAGUGGCCGCUCUCCAAGAUCGAUCUCGUCUCUCACCCGCCAUCCGGAUCUACCAUCCCUAUCCAUACGCCGACGGUGCUAGAGAAGGAGUUCGAGACGCGAACGAUGGUGCACAGCCACCACAGGACUCGAGCGCCGAGGCGAGAUAGCACUGCGGAUACGAUGGUCUCGUCGAGUCGACUGAGCACGGCGGACACGAUUGUGGUGGAAGAUGAUGGGGAGGGAGCAGCCGAGGAUAUGGAGAGCCCUACUUUUGUGGAUGAGGAGGAGCCGGUCAGUUCGCCGGAGUUGGAUCGCACCAAGAGACUUUGUAGCAUUGGCACCAUUGUCUCGAGCCCGGAGGAGGGCCUAGUGUGGCAUGACGCGCAAGAGGACCUGGAUCUGUAA